UACUCUGGCAGCGUUAGGCGUGAUAAUUUUGCUAUUGUGCUUUGAUUCAAGUGUUGUCUUGUGUGAAAAAUGUCAAAGUUUUCGUCUUUGAAAAGAAAUUCUUCGCCAGUUCCUCAAGACCUAUUACCACGAAAUGCAAGAAGACGAAUUGAAAGAGAGGAAAAUGUCUCAGGAGAUGAAUUACGACAACGCGAACAAGAUCGAGGUAAAAAUUACGAACCUCAGGAUGACAUUCCAUUUAGAGGGAGACAAGAGUCACAUCCCCCUUUCUCAAUAAACGAUGAAAGACCAUCAACUAGUACAGAUGCAGAUAGAACUGCUCCUGGUGGAGUACAGUUUCGUGAUUUUGAACUUGUUGGAGAAUUUCCAAAUACACAAGAAUUACGUUCUUCGAUAGCAGCAGAAGAUGCAAGAGCAACGACUAGUAGAUCGCCUGCAAUAAUUACACCUGUUGAAAGUAUGACAAGACCAUCUUUACGUACAGAAAAUGUUGCUCUAAUGGAACAUCCCGAUGGAACUCAUGAAUGUGGACAGUCGUCUUCAGCCAUGGCUCCUGCUUGUCUACUGCAUUCAAAAACUACAGUCGAUAUUAUUUCGACUGCGAUGAAAAGACUGGGUCUAGAGCUAACUUAUACUGGGUCUACAAGACAUAACUUUGCUAGAAGACCUGGCAUUGGCAUUAAGGGUAAAAAAAUAAAUUUACUUGCAAAUUAUUUUCCAAUAGAUAUACCACACGGAGAAGUGUAUCAUUAUGAUGUGGAUAUUGAAAAGGAUCUGCUCAUAACAGAAGUAGGUGGUACUGAAAGUAAACCUACGCGUAAAAAGUAUAGAUGCCAAAAUACUAAACUGAAGAGAAGAGUUAUUGAAGAAAUGAUUCGUGAAGUUCCUCUAUUCAGAAAUAUUAGACCGGCAUUUGAUGGCGAGAAAAACUUGUACACCCGAGAACCGUUGCCGAUAAAAUACAAAACACUAUUUACCGUAAGCAUUACGGAUGAUUUUGAUCCCGAAGAAACGACUACAUAUAAAAUUACGAUUAAACCUGUUAACAUGUCAGACACAGCUGAAAGGUCAAACAACAAUUCAAUUAGUUUAGAACCAUUACACGAGCUGUUAGCGGGUAAAUGCAGUGAUAUAACAGAAAGUAUUAUUAAGGGAAUGGUAGCCAUAGAGACCAUACUAAGACACGGUCCUGCUCUACAUUUGGUUCCAGUUGGAAGGUCAUUUUUCAUAAAUCCUCACAUGGAUGAAGUUCCUCUAUUAGGGGGAGGAAGAGAAAUUUGGUUUGGUCAUCAUCAAAGCAUGCGGCUUUGUCAAUGGAAGCCCAUGCUAAACGUUGAUAAAUCGGCAACGACAUUUUAUAGAAGCUGCUCCGUUGUUGAGUUUAUGUUUGAAAUAUUAUAUCCACGUACUGAGAACUUUGAGUUGGCUGCAAGACAAAUGAGAUGUCUCACAGAUGCUGAAAGAACAACACUAACAAAGGAAAUGAAGAAUUUGAAAGUUGAAGUAACUCAUUUGCCUUAUCCCCGAAAAUAUAAAAUUCGAGACAUCACAAGGGACAAUGCUAACAACAUUAUUUUUAUGAGAAAGAUUAAUGAUAAGGAAACUUUUUGCUCGAUAUCAGAAUAUUUUCGGUCCGAAUAUCAACCAUUAAAAUAUCCUAAUUUACCUUGUUUAAAUGUGGGAAAUAAUAAGAAAGAUAUCUAUUUACCAUUGGAAGUGUGCAAUAUUGUAGCAGGUCAGCACAAUAAUAAGAAAUUAACGGACAGACAAACUUCAGAUAUGAUUCGCUACACGGCUCGACCUCCUGCAAAAAAAUUCCAGGAUAUCAAACAGACUGUUAAUGCUAUGAUGCAAGACUUUCAACCAUUCUCGAGAGAAUUUGGCAUUCGUGUAAGUACGGAUUUCCUAAAGUGUACAGGCAGAGUAUUGGAUCCUCCAGAAGUUAUGUACGACGGAAGUGAGACCGUCAAACCUUCUAACGGAAGCUGGAAUAUGGUAAAUAAGAAGUUUCACAAAGGAGUGACAAUUGGCAACUGGAUGCUGCUGAGUUUCUCGGAAAAUCGCUUCUGUAACGAAGCAGUGUUAAGAAAGUUAGUUAAUAUGCUAAUAGAAAAUGGUAGAAAUGUAGGGGUAGAUUUUGCAGAUCCAUUGAAAGUGAGAGGCUUCACACGUAUUGAUGGAAAGCCGGGAGAUAUAUUAAGGCAAGCUAAAAAGAUGGAGCCUGAAUUGGAAUUAGCAGUAAUAGUAUUACCAGCAGAAGAUAUUUAUUCUGAAGUUAAAACAGUUGCAGAAACGGAAUUAGGACUUAUGACACAAUGUGUAAAAGAUGCAAACCUUGUGGAUGGCAGAAAGUUUAAUGCACAGCUCAUACGUAAUAUAUGUCAAAAAAUUAAUGCAAAAAUGGGUGGGGUUAACAAUUCAUUAGCACUGGAGUACAGACCUCAAAUUAUGAAGAGACCUGCUAUGAUUGUGGGUAUCGAUUGUAAUCAUCCCGCUCCUGGUGACAAAGUUGGAUACUCGAUCGCAGCAGUAGUAGGAAGUUUAGAUGCUUAUUGUGGAAAAUUUAAAGCGUCCAUUCGUGUUCAGCAUAAGAAACAGAAAAUAGGCGGACAGAGGUUUGGACAAGAUAUUGUUGUCGAGCUGAAGGAAAUGAUGAAGGAACUUUUCAAGGCAUUCUACAAAUAUACUGGAGGAAAAAAACCACAAAAAAUUAUUGUUUAUAGAGACGGGGUUAGCGAAGGCGAAUUUCAAAAAGUGAUGGAUUACGAAAUGAGAGAAAUUAGAAAGGCGUGUGAAGAAAUGGCACGUGGUGAGACCUACCGACCUCCCAUCACUUUUAUCAUAACUGGAAAACGUCAUCACACGCGUUUUCUUCCCGAAAAUCGAAGAGACGGUGUGGGCAGACCGGGAAACGUUCCACCCGGUACUACGGUGGAUACGGCUGUAGUACAUCCUGUGCUGUAUGAUUUUUACUUAUGCAGUCAUAUUGGAAUACAUGGUACCAGCAGACCCGCUCAUUAUACGGUUCUAUGGGACGAUAACGACUUCACGGCAGAUGAGCUACAAGUGUUAACUUACUACCUGUGCCACACGUAUGCCAGAUGCACCAGGAGCAUAUGUAUACCCUGUGCCGUUAAGUACGCCGAUCUGGCAGCUUCCAGAGCCAAGGAAUAUCUGAUAGAGAAAACCGAGGGUAUGUCAAGUUCUGGUAGUAAAGUGUCGGAACGUGAAAAAGUAAUUAUUGAAGAAAGCAUUAAAGAAGCCAUAAAAGUAGUUGACGAAAUAGAAAAUAGAAUGUAUUUUGUGUAAAUUUUGAUAAAAUACACAUUCUUGCAAACAUAUGGCACAGUAUUUUAGUAAAAUUAUUUAGGACUGUUUUAAUUUACCAACGUUUAUUUGAAAAUUUCAUAGUUUUCCUUGAAUGUUUCAUAAUAAAUAAUAUAAGAUAUAAACACUUUGUAAGAACUUUUAUAUACUUGCUUUGUAAAUCUGUGUUUAUAAUGUAAUGAGUAAAAAUGUUUUUAUGGUGCGUGUUAGCCAUGAAAAUAUAUGUAUUUAACUUUCUUUUACAUUAUAUAAUUUAAAAAUUUUAUACCUGAAAUUAGCCUAAAACGUUGGAGUAGACCACAUUUUUGUAUACGCUUCAACAUCGCCAAAAUAUUAAUUAAUAGUUCUCAACUUUUUCAGUAAUUAGGUGUGAAUUUCCUUUAUGCUUUUAUUUAUUACUGUAUAUUUUUUAUAAUUUUGUUGUCUACUAUAUGUUUACUUUGAUAAAUUUUUGUAUCAUGUCUUCAAUAAUUACAAUGUUUUAAUUUACAAUUAAGCGCUGUUUACUUUAAUUACGUGUAUGAUUUUUUACUUAUUUUUCUUCUAUGUUUAUCAUGAACUGUAUUUACUUUCUAAGGUAUAGCAAA